CGGAAGGGUUAGUGAGCUGCGCCGUCCUUUGUCAGUUACGCCAAGCGGCGGGCGAUGCAAUGCAAUACAGCAAAUGUUGGUCCACCACUCGUUUUUGCCCCUGUGCUGUGCUGUCUUGUGCAUGCUGUGCUUUGCUUGUCGGGCGGGCCUGUUCGCCUCCGUGAAAGUCUCUCCAUCAUCUCCAAUCCAGUUUCUCGCUCUCUUUCUUCUCCAGUUCAUCCCACUCGACAACCACGACAACAUCGACAAUCGAUUCGUUUCGACUCGACUCAUCGCUCGGACAUCUUGUCCAAUUCCCCUCGCUGGACCCUCACUUUCGCUAUAGAAUAUUUGCACGGCAUCAACACUUAAGCAUUUUCAUUCAACCCUUUCGCCCAAACUGUUUUAAGGAGAGACAAGAAGUCACGAUCAAAGCAAGCAACAGGACGACUCGUCCAAUAAAGAUCGGCCUCGUCUCCUACGCCCCUUCCUAGACUCCUUCAAUCAGGAUCUGAUUCACUUUCCUAUUUGUUCCCAGGAAAGCCUCAGCCUGCGCCUUCCCGUUGAAAGAAUUGCGGCAAGGGAAUCCUUCGACUUCUGCUUCUUAUUUGUUUGAAUCGAAGCCCAACGGUCGCGUCGCCAAUAAUCAUUCGACUCGAUCGCCAUUUCUAUUUGUUCUCCAGCAUUUUUUGUGUCAAUAUACAUAAUGGUUCGAACUUCGACUCUUGUGGCCGUUUUGGCCUCAGCCUCAACGGUUUUUGCUGCUGCUCCUAGCUGUGGUUUGGAUAAGAAGUGUCCCUCGGAUACUCCUUGCUGUUCGCAAUACGGAUCAUGCGGUGUUGGAGCAUAUUGUUUGGGAGGUUGUGAUCCUCGAUCGUCAUUCAAACUCGACUCUUGCGCACCCGCACCCGUCUGCCAGAGCAAGGUCCACACAUUCGAGAACCUGGACAUGGUCCAGCCCAACACCAAGUACCUUGGAGAUGCCACAAAGGCGGAUUGGGUAUCCAGCGGAGAGCCCAUUUCGUACCAGAAUAAUGUUCUCUUGACCAUGCCCCCGGACAGUGUUGGAACGUUGCUCGCAAGUACUACGUACAUGUGGUACGGAAACGUGAAGGCAAAGUUCAAGACUAGCAGAGGCGCUGGUGUGGUCACUGCAUUUAUUUUGCUCUCUGAUGUCAAGGACGAAAUUGAUUAUGAGUUUGUUGGUGUUGAUUUGGAGAAUGCUCAAUCCAACUUCUACUUCCAGGGUAUCCCAGAUUACGUCAAUGGUGCCAACAUUUCUCUCUCGGAUACUUUCGACAAUUACCAUACCUAUGAAAUCAACUGGACUCCAGAUAUCGUCGAAUGGAAGAUUGAUGGACAGGUCGGCCGUACUCUCAAGAAAGCCGAUACCUGGAACGCCACUUCCAACCAGUGGAAGUACCCACAAACACCUGCUCGUGUUCAACUUUCUCUAUGGCCCGGUGGACUUCCAACCAACGGCAAGGGAACGAUUGACUGGGCUGGAGGACUUGUUGAUUUCGACAACAAUGUUGACAUCAAGACCAACGGAUAUUACUACGCAACUUUUGAAUCUGUGACCAUGGAAUGCUACAAUGCUACCUCAGCCCCAGGAACCAACAACGGUGUCUCAUAUACUUAUAACGGAUACGCUGGUACCAAUGAUACCGUCGUUGAUGGAAAGAAACCCACAGUCCUUGGUUCUUUCCAAGCAAAUGGAGAGAACAUGGAUCUCGGCAAGCCAUCAGGAACAUCUGCAGCAGCCAAGCCCACAGUCACAGCUGAGUCUGUUCCAGGUGUGUCGGGAGGUGAUCCAGCAGGUGUCGACACCCAUUCCUCUCCAUCUUCCAGCGCCGCUGGUAUUGACCCUGCAAGCACGUCCACCAGCGACUCUGGAUCUGGUUCAACCGAUUCCGGGAGCAGUGGCUCAGGCUCCGGUGGAUUCACUCAAGGAAGCGGAAGCAGCGCAUCGGGCUCCGAUACCACGAAGAGCGGUGCUGAUAAAGUUGGCCAAGAAAAGGUGCUGAAAGGCAGCCUCUUCGCAGGAAUCGUUGCAGUUAUUGCAGUGAUGGCUAUAUAAAUCGAACUGUAUCUGGAUUGAUCUGGGUCUGGGUUUGACUGCUGCAUUUUCGAAGGGUUGGAGCAUUGCGUUUCCUUUUGCUGUGACUUGGCUGUGGUCGUUUCAAAGAUAUCUUAAUGGCGUUGGCCGUUCACUCCUUGGAUAACAGUAGGGACGAAUAAGUCCUGAAUAAGAGAGUCGUUUCUUGUAUAUAGGUUUCUGGAUGAAGGUUGUAGUGGUAGAGCGGAAAGACUUGAAUGAAUGCUUGGAUAUCAAAAUUGCCAUUU